AUGGCGCCGACAGUGCUCGAGGGCAGACCUGUCCCCGAGGUUGAUAUUCUGUUCCUGGGCAGCCCCGGCGUGGGCAAAGCAACCUUCCUGUCCCAGAUCGAACAUGUCCGUGAUGGCAGACUCGACCGGUCUACUCCCCGCGAGCACAAGCACGCAUUCGCACCCACAGGCUCGCUGGGGUGGGAUGUGUCGUUGUUCGGGCGACCCUACAAGUUCCGCAUAUGGCCCUCAACAUCGACGCUGUUUGUCGACCCGUUCCCAGACCAGCCGGCCUUCACCAUCAUCGCCUUCUCCGUCUCCUCGCGCGAGUCUCUCCACAACGCACAGUACUACUGGCGCAAGCAGUUGUCCCUCCACUACGCCGAUCUCGAGCAUGCCAUGCCUGUAAUGCUACUGGGUCUCAAGCGGGACGAGCGCACCGAGAAGAGAUUGGAAGACGGAUCAUUCGAGUGUGUGAUGCCCCAGGAGGCUCUGCGCGUAGCCCAGGAGAUGCAGUGUGAUCGAUAUGCCGAGUGCAGUGCUCUGACGGGGGAGUUGAUGUGGGAAGUGCUGGAGGAUAUCACUCGCACUGCCGCCAUGACUACUACAGAGAACGGUGCGAUGGGUCAGGGGAGCAUGUGUUCAGUUAUGUGA